AUGCAUCGUUCACUUACACGAGGCAUCACCGCGAGCGCCGGCCGCAGCGUAUCUCGACUCUCCGCAGCAUCACCCCCCAGAAUGGCAUCCCGGGCCACCGCCGCUAGGCGCAUCGCCGCCACCACCCAGCACCUGCGCCCCUACGGCGCCCUGGCCUCCACGGCCACCAGCUUCCCCCAGACGCACGAGAAGAUCGCGAAGCCCGAGGACACGCCGUGGUUCGUCGACAACGAGUUCAAGGCCUCGGACGCCGACAAGUGGAUCGACUUAUACGACCCGGCCACCAACAACCUGGUCACCCGCGUGCCCCAGUCCACCGACGCCGAGCUCCAGGCCGCCGUCGACAGCGCCCAGAAGGCCUUCCCGGCAUGGCGGGCCACGAGCGUCCUGGCGCGCCAGCAGAUCAUGUUCAAGUUCGUGAACCUCGUCCGCGAGAACUGGGACCGCCUCGCCGCCAGCAUCACCCUCGAGCAGGGCAAGACCUUUGCCGACGCCCGCGGCGACGUCCUGAGAGGACUCCAGGUCGCCGAGGCCGCCUGUGGCGCGCCCGAGCUCCUCAAGGGCGAGGUGCUGGAGGUGGCCAAGGAUAUGGAGACGAGGACUUACAGGGAACCGCUGGGAGUCACGGCUGCUAUCUGCCCAUUCAACUUCCCGGCCAUGAUUCCUCUCUGGUGCAUUCCCAUUGCCACAGUCACUGGUAACACCCUCGUGCUCAAGCCGUCUGAGAGAGACCCAGGCGCCGCCAUAAUCCUGGCCGAACUGGCCCAGAAGGCCGGCUUCCCUCCUGGUGUCAUCAACAUUGUCCACGGUGCUCACCGGACAGUGGACUUCAUCCUCGAUGCCCCUGAGAUCAAGGCCAUCAGCUUUGUGGGUGGCAACAAGGCCGGCGAGUACAUCUUCACCCGCGGCUCGGCCAACGGCAAGCGCGUGCAGGCCAAUCUGGGCGCCAAGAACCACGCCGCUGUCCUGCCCGACUGCAACAAGAACCACUUUCUCAACUCCGUCGUUGGUGCUGCCUUUGGUGCUGCCGGUCAGAGAUGCAUGGCCCUCAGCACCCUUGUCAUGGUUGGCGAGACGAAGGAGUGGCUGCCAGAACUGGCAGAGCGUGCCAAGGCUCUGCAGGUCAACGGUGGUUUUGAGGAGGGCGCUGACCUAGGCCCCGUGAUUUCUCCCCAGAGCAAGGAGAGGAUCGAGAGCCUCAUCGCCAGCGCCGAGGAGGAGGGCGCCACCAUCCUGCUCGAUGGCCGCGGCUUCAAGCCUGAGAAGUACCCCAACGGUAACUGGGUGGGCCCAACCAUCAUCACCAACGUCACACCGGAUAUGAAGUGCUAUACUGAGGAAAUCUUCGGUCCGGUGCUAGUCUGCUUGAACGUCGAGACUCUUGAUGACGCCAUCGAGCUGAUCAACAAGAACGAGUAUGGCAACGGCACUGCCAUCUUCACCAAGUCCGGCGCAACCGCUGAGACCUUCCGGAAGCACAUCGAGGCCGGCCAGGUCGGUAUCAACGUGCCGAUUCCCGUCCCUCUGCCCAUGUUCUCCUUCACGGGCAACAAGAAGAGUAUCGCCGGUGGCGGCGCCAACACUUUCUACGGACGCCCCGGCAUCAACUUUUACACCCAGUACAAGACUGUUACAGCCAUGUGGGCGGGCUCCGAUGCUAUCUCUCAGAAGGCUGAUGUCGCCAUGCCGACGCAUAGCUAA